CGUCCAGCAGCUGAUCGGUAAUCCAGAAGAAGUUUCCCCUCAGUUAGGGGGGAGCUUCACUUUGAAGCAGGAGACUCCACAACCACCCUGCAUUAAAAAGGAAGAGGAGGAACUCUGCAUCACUCAGGAGGGAGAGUGUCUUCUAGGACGAGAGGAAGCUGAUUACACCAAGUUUCCACUGAGUAUUCUCUCUGUGAAGACUGAAGAUGAUGAAGAGAAACCACAAGUAGACAACCUCUUAGCUCCACUAUCAGAUCAUGAGGCUGAAGACGAGGUUGAAGAACCUCUGAGCAGCGACAAAGACUGUGAAGGUGAUAUGAGGACUCACACUGACAACAAACACUCUGAAUGCUCUACAAAGAAGAGAGGUAAAACUUGUUUUAGCUGCUCAGUUUGUGCUAAAAGCUUUACUAAAAAGAGCCGUUUGACUCGACACAUGAGAGCACACACAGGAGAAAAAAUAUUUAAGUGUUCAGUUUGUGGCAAAAGCUUUUCUCAAAAUAGCCGUUUGACUCGACACAUGAAAACACACACAGGAGAAAAACCAUUUAAUUGUUCAGUUUGUAGCGAAAGCUUUUCUCAAAAUAGCCAUUUGACUCGACACAUGAGAACACACACAGGUGAAAAACCAUUUAAUUGUUCAGUUUGUGGCGAAAGCUUUUCUCAAAAUAGCCAUUUGACUCGACACAUGAGAACACACACAGGUGAUAAACCAUUUCGUUGUUCAUUUUGUGGCAAAAGCUUUUCUCAACAUAGCUCUUUGACUCAACACUUGAGAACACACACAGGCGAAAAUACAUUUAAUUGUUCAGUUUGUGGCAAAAGAUUUUUUGUUAAGAGCACUUUGACUCAACACAUGAGAACACACACAGGUGAAAAACCAUUCACUUGUUCAGUUUGUGGCGAAAGCUUUUCUAUUAAGAGCACUUUGACUGAACACAUGAGAACACACACAGGUGAAAAACCAUUUAAUUGUUCAAUUUGUGGGAAAUGCUUUACUGUUAAGAGGAAUUUGACUCAACACAUGAGAACACACACUGGACUAAAACCAUUUAAUUGUUCAGUUUGUGGUACAAGCUUUUCUCAUAAAGGCUCUUUUUGGCGACACAUGAGAACACACGCUGAAGAAAAAACAUAUAGUUGUUCAGUGUGCUGUAAAAGGUUCCAACAUAAUGCAGACGCAGUAAAACACACAAGAACACACAAGGGAAAAUAACCAAUUAGCUGUUUAGUUUGUGGUAUGUUGCUCAUAUGUGGUGACAUCCACCCUACCCAGGACCUCCUCACUGCUUCUUUCACAAAUAUCUGAGGUAUUCAUACAAACUUGGAUUAUUUGGAGCGUAAUCUUAUCCACUCAUGAUCCCAUGUCUUCUCUGUAUCUGAAACCUUCCUGAACAGUAAGAUAGAUGAUGCUUUAAGUGCUUGGUUACUCCUUCAGUCCAGGGACCUGGGGCCUCAUGUGUCAAGUUUGUGCACGCUCAAAAACCUGCACUACACCCUUUUUCACUGCAAAGUUGACAUGUAUCAAAACUGACUAACGCAUAAGUGAUGCUGGGUAACUGUUUGCAUAACAAACUGCCAACUUUUACUCUUUGUCUUUGUCAUAGUUGUAUUUUUAAGUUAUCAUUCCAUGAUUUUACCCAUCCGGUACAUGUGGAAAUAGAUUUUCCUCCAUGCGGCCCCUGAGCUAAAAUGAGUUUGACACCCCUGCUGUAAUGUGACUCAUGUGAGCAGGUUACUGUAUAAACACAUUUUGUUAUAAGUUAUAAAAAUGUGUUCAGUUCUCAGAGACGCAUCAAUGUCAGUGUAGCUGCGGACAGAAGCAACAUGUAUAUUUGAUAUAUAAUGUCAUAGUUGGUGAGAAUAAAUAAAUACAAUGCAUAAAGAUAAGUUCAUAUUGUACACAUAAUGUGAUUAAAAAGGUAUUUCCUUGGGUUAAUUAAUGCAAGUUUAUGUUAACUUUAUUUUUGUUACAAACCCAUGUCAAUUGAGUGGGGAAUAUAUGUUUUGUUUCCGGUUUGGUCACGUUGUUGGGGGGACAAUUAAUAUGUGAGGGAAUUAAGGAAGCAGCAUGAGACGACAAGUGUUUGAUGUGGAAGAUGUUAAUGGAGUCUCGGAUUGAAAAUAAACUUUAUUCCCUUGGAGUUUAUGAGGCCAACGAGGUAUGAUUACUUCUGAUAUUUUUGUGACAUCUAUGUGUUUUCUUUUUUGGAUGUCAGACUAAUUGUAAGUUCUGUUUGCUUAUUUUAUUACUUCUGACGACAUUAUAUUUGGCAUCGUUGGUAACGUGAAGAA